UGUUCAAAAAUGGCGGAUACAAAUAACAAAAAAUCAAAUUUAAUCAAUUAACAGUUACCCAAUUAACAGCUGUAAUCUCGCCAUUUGAUAAAUGUCACAUUGAUAAUAGAAAUGAUUUCGAUAUAUAUUUGUUCAGUUUUGAUUUUGCUAACAAAAGAAUGCGCUUCCGAGUUUCCUUUUAGAAAUGUUUCACUUCCUAUCGAGACCAGGGUGGAGGACCUGGUGUCACGGCUUAACUUGUCAGAACUUCUAGGACAGAUGUCACAUGGUGGUGGAGGUGGGGACGGCUCACCAGUACCCCCAAUUCCACAUCUAGGUAUAGGAAAAUAUUCCUGGGGUACAGAAUGUAUUCAUGGCGACGUUUCUGGAAAUUCUACAUCGUUUCCUCUUUCGAUUGGUCUUGCAGCUACUUUCAAUCCGGAUUUGAUGAAAAUGGUUGCAAGUGCUAUAUCAACUGAAGUGAGAGCGAAGAAUAAUGACUUUGUCAGAAGAGGAAUUUUUAAGGGUCAUACUGGACUAAAUUGUUUUAGUCCAGUUAUAAAUAUAAUGAGGCAUCCACUUUGGGGAAGAAAUCAGGAGACUUAUGGAGAGGACCCCUAUCUGACGGGGAUUCUAGCCAAACAGUUUGUCACAGGAUUGAUAGGGAACAACUCUCGCUAUUAUCGAGCAAAUGCAGUAUGUAAACAUUUUGAUGCUUAUGGAGGACCAGAGGAUCUCCCUCAGUCAAGGCUCAGCUUUAAUGCUAAGGUACAAAAACAAGAUCUGUACAUGACCUAUCUACCACAGUUCAAGCAGUGUAUUCAAAGUGGAGCCCUUGGAAUAAUGUGUAGUUAUAAUAGUGUAAAUGGUAUUCCAGCAUGUGCCAACAAAAUGCUAUUGACUGAUGUUCUCAGGACAGAAUGGAAUUUCCCAGGAUUUGUCAUCAGUGACUCAGGGGCUGUUGAAUUUCUGAUAAUCAACCAUCACUACAUAGAGAAUAUUACAGAUGCAGCAGUUGCCUGUGUGAAGGCAGGGCUUAACCUUGAACUGCAUGCUGGGAACUAUGCUAGGGGAGCUUUUGAUUGGCUGAAGUAUGCUGUAGCUGAUGGCAAACUUUCUAAGAAAACAAUUGUAGAUAGAGUGAAGCCAUUAUUCCUUACAAGGAUGAAACUGGGAGAGUUUGACCCCCCUGGAAUGAACCCUUACAAUGACCUUGACCUGUCUGUUAUACAGAGUGUACCUCAUAGAGAGUUAUCUACCCUGGCUGCAAUGCAGUCAUUUGUCCUGCUCAAGAAUGAUGGGGUUUUACCCAUAAAACCAGUAUUCAGAAAAGUAGCUAUUGUAGGUCCAUUCGCUGACAAUCCUGUACAACAGAUGGGCGAUUAUGGACCAGAUGUAGACCUGAAAUAUACGUCCACAGUAAGCUCAGGCCUGGCAGGUCUUGGUGAUAAGGUGGUCAAUGUGUCUGGAUGUAAAAAUACAUGGUGUGUAGAUUAUGAUCAGAAAGCUGUGAUAUCUGCUGUUCAGGAUGCAGAUUUAGUGGUCUUGUGCCUUGGAACUGGUCCUGCAGUAGAGCGAGAGAAUUUUGACAGAAGGGACAUGUUGUUACCAGGAAACCAGCCACAACUGUUGAAAGAUGCCAUGUUAUAUGCUCGCAGUAGGAUCAUCCUAUUGUUAUUCAGUGCUGGUCCCCUGGACAUCAGAGAGGCACAGAAACCAGCAGUUUCAGCCAUAGUGCAGUGCUUCUUCCCAGCUCAAGCAACGGGAGUGGCACUCUACCAUAUCCUCACCAACAGUCAUCCCGAGGCCAACCCAGCCGGCAGACUGCCCUUUACAUGGUACUCUUCAGAUGAACAGGUACCAUCAAUGACUGACUAUAGUAUGACUAAUCAUACAUAUCGAUACUUCACUGGUGACCCUCUCUACCCAUUUGGCUAUGGUCUGUCUUACACAAAGUUUCAGUAUAGUGACCUUGAACUUUCACCUGAAAAGGUCAAAGUGGGACAAAAUUUGACAGUGAGGUUUGUCUUAACAAAUGUUGGAAAUGAGGCUGGGGAGGAGGUAACACAGGUCUACAUAUCAUGGUUGAAUGCAACAGUAGUGACUCCAAAAUACCAGUUGGUUCAUUUUAACCGUACCAUGUUCUAUAAAGGUUGGACAGUAAAUGCAAGGGUCGAUAUAUUUAGUGAACAGAUGGCUGUGUAUGUGGAUGGGAAAGGUUUCGUUAUAGAACCUGGUGAAAUAGCGGUAUAUGUUGGGGGUCAGCUACCAGACCAGAAGACCAAAGUGCCUUCUAACGUGUUACGGGGAGUGUUCACAAUUGUUAGCUGAUACCUGUUCAAACAAUUUCAUUUAAAAUUUCCACUAUUUGUAUAAAAAAGGUGCUUGAUGGAGUAAAAUAUUCGUAUUUAUUAAUGAGAUAUUCAGUGCUAUGAUAUAAUGUGUUCAGAUGCAUCCUGUGAAGAUCAGAUCUCAUGGAUCAUUUUACCCUUAUCCUGUUAAAUUUCUGUAAUAAAGUAGUCCAUCUUUCAAAUUGGACAGAACCAUUAACAGUUAAAAGGGGUGCAUACUGAAAAGAUACUGACUGAAUGGCGAACAGUGCAGAUCAUGAUCAGACUGUAUGGAUGUGCAGGCUGAUCAUGAUCUGCACUGGUCGCAAACGCAGAAUCAGUCAUGUCCAGCAUGGUAAGGGUUAAAAUUUGAUUCUAUGCAUAGAAUUUAACAAUGACAUUUAUGUGUUCAAUCCUGUAAACAAUAGGGAAAUGAUGUGACUGUUUUAUUGUUUAUGAUUUUUUUUGUAUGAUAUAAUUUUGUAGGCAUAACCUUUGUGUUUUUUUUACCAGGAUGACAGGUUCUUGGGGGACAUGAAUUUGUAGCAUUCAAAUAUUCAUGAAAAAAAAAUAGAUAAAAGAUUUUUGUGCUCAUUUAGAUUGAAUUUCAUGAUAGACCAGGAAUUCCGCCAAAAAUACAUGUAGUACACUAAGAGCAAUAAUAAUUUCAUUCUGAGUACAUUUGUAAUCCUAUUUCUGUAUUGGACCUUUACCACAUAAUAUGUUCAUAUUACAUCAGCUCUAUUUAAAUGAAGAUGUUCAAGUUUUUCAUCCAGACUGUUAACAAGAGUAAGGUUCACACAGAAAGACAUGUUCCACCCCAUGUAACCAAUGACAUUGAACUGCCAAAUAUUUAAUGCCUCUAUAGUUUUAAAGAUAAACAAGAGCUGUCUCCGUAGGAUGACACAUGCCCCCGAUGGCACUUUGAAUGAAUAGUUAUGGCCGAUGUUAAGAGUUUAGGACCUUUGACCUACGGAGCUGGGUCUUGCGCGCGACACAUCGUCUUACUGUGUCACACAUUCAUGCAUAGUUAUUUUAAAAUCCAUGCGUGAAUGACAAAGAUAUGGACCGUACAUGCCCAUCAUUGCACUAUCAUGAAAAAUGAUCUUUAACGUCUAAGUGUGACCUUGACCUUUGAGCUACGGACCUGGGUCUUGCGUGUGACAUGUCGUCUUAUUGUGGUACACAUUCAAGCCAAGUUAUUUGAAAAUCCAUCCAUCGAUGACAAAGAUAUGGACCGGACACGCCCAUCAAUGCACUAUCCUUUAACGUCUAAGUGUGACCUUGACCUUUGAUCUACGGACCUGGGUCUUGCGCACUGCAUGUCAUCUUACUGUGGUACACAUUCAUGCCAAGUUAUUUGAAAAUCCAUCCAUCGAUGACAAAGAUAUGGACCGGACACGCCCAUCAAUGCACUAUCCUUUAACGUCUAAGUGUGACCUUGACCUUUGAGCUACGGACCUGGGUCUUGCGCACUGCACGUCGUCUUACUGUGGUACACAUUCAUGCCAAGUUAUUUGAAAAUCCUUCCAUCGAUGACAAAGAUAUGGACCGGACACGCCCAUCAAUGCACUAUCCUUUAACGUCUAAGUGUGACCUUGACCUUUGAGCUACGGACCUGGGUCUUGCGCACUGCACAUCGUCUUACUGUGGUACACAUUCAUGCCAAGUUAUUUGAAAAUCCAUCCAUCGAUGACAAAGAUAUGGACCGGACACGAAAAUUGCGGAAUUGACAGACCGACAGACGGUUCAAAAACUAUAUGCCUCCCUUCGGGGGCAUAAAAAUUCAUAAGUUCUAGGCAACUGUUGCACAUUAUAGAACAUUUUUGUUAUUCAAUGAAUUCCAUUCAUUUAUAAUAUUCAUAUUAACCUUUAGCCUGCUGGCGGCAACUGAUCUUGCCUUUGCGACCAGUGCAGACCAAGAUCAGGCUGCACAUCCGUGCAGGCUGAUCAUGGUCUGCACUGUUCGCUAUUCAGUCAGUAAAUUUUCAGUUAACACCCCUUUGAAUAAUAAAUGGUAUUUCCCAAAUUGAAUGAUGGACCAGUCCAUUUUAGAAAUUUAGCUGGGUAAAGGUUAAGAACAUGCAUAGGAAUAUAAUAAAUGUCUAGAUAUUAUUUUAAUUAUUUAAUCUUAUUUAAAUUGUUCAUAUAGUAGUGGGACUGACCAGCAAUUGAAUGAAAAAUUAACCGAUAUAUUUUAAUGAAGCAGGUGUAAUUAAAGAAGUUUAUAAUUUUAUAACUGGUAUUCAGUACAGUUGACAUUGUAUUAAGAGACCACCCAAGGUACUGCUAAAAAGUGGUCCCUUAAUUAAUAUCAGUCAUGUGAAGGGAAAAGCUAUUUUAACUGUUACUGUAUUAUUAUCAACAUACAUAUAAAAUGUAUAAAUGUA